AUGAAUGUUGUUGAUGCUUCAGGUUUCAUGAACUCCCGAAGCUUAAAUACACCUAUGAAACUCUUUUUAAAAGGCUUUUAUCCUGUUAAUGCAACUCAAGAAUUUAGCAUUCCAUCAUUUGAAAAAGAAGAUAUAAUUUUAGCUACCGGAAAAUUUAGAAUAGUUGAAUAUAUAAAUGAAAAGAAUGAAAAACUUUCUGCCUUAAAAAUUAUUUUGAGUAACAUUGUGCAUCUUGAUAUUGAACCAGAUGAUCUUCCGAAGUUUUCUGCUUUGGUUAAUAUAAUUGCAAUGGUGAAAGAACCCCCACUUAUCAAUGAUGAUGAUGGAUUUAUGACAGUUAAAACUGAAGAUUCCGAUAGUUCAAGUAAAGCUAUUAGCUUUGCUGAAAAAAUUGCAGCAAAAUUUGAUAAUAAACAUGUUACAAAAAACAAAUCACCAGUUAUUAACUCACCUAUAACUUCAAAGACUGAACCUUAUACACAAAUCAAUACAAAUAAGAAAUCACUAGUAACUAAAUCUUUUAAAACUAAACCUUCUUCAACACCUAAACCAUAUACAUGA